AUGCUGCGCGUUUGGAGGCCCUCGGGGGAGGAAGUGGCGAGUUUUCCUAUCUCUAGCAUAGGGGACGUGUAUGAACUGAAGCGGCAUUUGCAGAUGCUUCUGGGGGUGCCAAGAAUCCGGCAACGAAUCUUGGAUGGAGGUGCGGUCCUGGACGACGAUGCUCAACUGGCUUCGAUUUCAGAUGUGCAGCUGGUACUGCUUCCUUUAUGCCAAGCUUCUGCGGAGGAUGCAGAACUCUUCAUACAGGCUGUGUUUCGGGACUAUGGUCGUACCGUCGAGGACAUGUUGCGCAGGUGCCACAAUCCAAACUUGACCGCGCGCUUCCGCAACCAGCAUCUGUCACCCAUCCAUGCUGCCGCGACAGCAGGGCACCCAAGCAUGGUGAGUUUAUUACUUGAGGCCGGGGCGCAGGACAUAUCCGACACCGGCGACCAAUUGGCUCUUGCUGCUGCUGCUUCAGGUGGCCACACGCGUGUACUUCGCUUGUUGUUGGAGGCUGGUGGUGAUGCAGGCCGCGCUCUUCAAGUCGCCUCGGGAGCUGGCCAGCUACAAGUUGUCCAUAUGUUGUUGCAAUACCACCAAACAGCAACCCAGGCUUAUCGUGCAAGCCUGGUAGCUGCAUCGACCGCCCAUGAUACGAACAUCUUGCAGAUGCUGCUGGAGGUUGACAGGCUCGGCUUCUUUGACCGGGGCUGGGCCCUGGCUGUGCUGGCUUCUCUGGUGGGUAGAUGGAAGCAGCGACUUCGCUUUGCCACUUUUGCAGCUGUGUUCGGUUUGUCGCGCCUGGUCUGCCAUAAAUCUCCGGGUGAAGGUGAUGGCGUCACAGACUGGGUUCUGUCAUACUGCCUCCUUGUGGGUCUUACCACUUUGCUGGUUUGGGCCAUUCCGCUGAAGAUUCUGCUCUUGCUGCUUCGGGGCCAGAUGGCCAAGACGUUCUUGCGUAACUUCUGCUGUUGCUGGAGACGUCGGGUCCCGCAGAGAUUAUUUCGUCUUGUAGGGGUAAUAUAG